AAAGAAUCUCACAAUCUUCGUACCGUCUGGGUUUUCAACAUUGUUGAAAAUCGCCGCUCUAGUGUAACUAUUUUAAUAAUUUUUUAAAUCGUAUUUUUAAAUUUAUGUCGCGUGAGCGCUAAUCUCCUUUUUUAUUGUGUUAAGUAUAAAUGUGCGCUAAUUGCCGCUUGAUUCUUAUAUUUACGUGUAUCGUGUAUUUUUUUAAUAUUAUAGCAAUAGCUAUAUAAUAGCUGACCAUACUGCACUUCACAAAAUUAACCAUAUCGCAGUCAACUAAUGCCGGUGCUUAUGCCGCCGAUAUGACCAAUGCAAUCAUAGAUAAUGACCAGUUUUCAGACGGAAUCUGUUGUUCUGCCGACGCCAAAAAUACAAUAAAGCAAAUGUUGGAUUUCUCACUGCUUAAAGAUCCCAUCUUCAUAUUGUACACAAUUUCAAACUUCUUGACGAGCAUUGGCUUCAACAUACCGUACUUGUACUUAGUGCCUCAAGCCACCUCAAUGGGUAUAGCAUCAAAACAUUCAAGUUAUUUGUUAGCAUUAUUGGGCAUCGCCAACACAUUGGGUAGGAUUAUACUCGGAUUUAUAUCAGACAAACCUUGGAUAAAUAGGCUCAUGGUGUACAAUCUGUGUUUGACAGUUUGUGGUGUAGCUACAAUGUUAAGCACAUACUGUACGGACAUACUCUCGUUAUCUAUGUACACAAUCGUUUUUGGAUCCACAAUCGGUGCCUACGUGGGUUUGACGUCAGUGAUCUUGGUGGACUUGUUGGGUCUAGACAAAUUGACAAACGCUUUUGGAAUCCUGUUGCUGUUCCAAGGCAUCGCCUCACUCGUCGGACCACCCAUAGCUGGGUGGCUGUUUGACAUAAUGGGCUCGUACAAUCCGGGUUUCUACCUUUCGGGAUCGAACAUCGCCGUCAGUGGUUUAAUGCUGUUCACCAUACCGUACAUGCAGCGACGACUCGAACGGAAGGAACUGGAGAAAAUGACUGCAGUAGUAAAUAAUAAUUAACGCGUAAUGACAGACACACAAUGUACUCCUAUACGAAUUGUUAUAAAUGUUACGUUAAAUGGGAAAAUUUAAAAGAAAAAAAGCCAUCGGCAAAAAUCAAAUCUAUAUUAUAGUUAGUAUUAUAUGUGUUAUAGCAUGCCCCCAGGACUGUAACACGCAGAGGGCAUUUAUAUUUUGUAUUUUCAUUAUUUAUUAUACAUUUUUUUCUUUGCCCCGCUGGGAGAUUCCGUUGCCGCGUUCUUCCUGUUUGGAUUUUUGCUCAAAAUAUAUUAUAUAUAAUUAAAUUUAAUAUUAUAGAUAUGAUUUCGUCGUUUUUAGUUUUAACUGUGAAUUUAUGUUCCCGGCGAGCAGGCACGUCGCGCGAUGCACGCAAAUAUAAUACAUAUAUACUUAAGUUUUUUUUCCUGUGUUUUAUUUAAUUUUUAGGCAUUCGUUUUGUGAAUUACAUAAUAUGAAUUUUUCGAUUCCUUUUGUCACUGAUUUGUCAACAUAUUGAUUUUUUGCAUUUACUAAAUAUCAAUUGAAACAUCAUUAAUUCAUCAAUUAUAUAUAUAUAAAUAUAUAUGUUUAAACGUGUAUUUUUC